AUGAUAGGACACAUACUAAGGCAUAAAAGCUUACUGAAGAAAGUAAUCAAAGGAGAUGUUGAAGGACACAUUGCAGGAGGAAGACCAAGGGCAGAAUACAUGGCACAGAUAAUGAAACAUGCGAAUAGAGAAAAGUACCAAGAUCUGAAGGAAUUGUGCUACGAUAGAGAUGCACGAAGAGCUGCAAUUAACAAAUCUACGGGGGAAAAAAAAAAACAUAGACAUGACUUCGAUAGUGGUUAA